AUGCAGGGUGGAGGGAUUGAGAUGAGGGAGGAUCUCCGUGGAGAUGGAGUGACGGGUAAGAACGUGAGGAUAUCCAACUUCAAUCAUCUUUUAGCACAAUCCGUACCGGACUGGACGUGGACACCGCAAAGCAGGAUCCAGAUGGAGCGAAUUGAGAGAUCGAAGGACGACUCCGUGAGUCUGUGGCCCUGUAUGAACAUGCUGCAAGAGACAGGUGUCAUGGAAAUUGAAGUUGAUGGAGAGCAAGUAUGCAAUUCUAUCAGACGCCACUUCAGGUAUCGGCACCCCAGAAAACGCUACAAACACGCGUACACACUUCUCCGGACAUUCUAUGCAAUCGCUCCGCCAUAA